UGGAAAAUUGCGGAUCUAGGAUUAUCACAUCCUGUAAAUAAUAAAUCAUCAAAUAAUGAAAUCUAUGGAGUUAUACCUUAUAUUGCACCAGAAAUAUUUAAAGGGUCUGCAUUUUCUAAAUAAGCUGAUUUUUAUAGUUUGGGUAUGAUUAUGUGGGAACUUACAACAGGUUGUAAACCUUUUGCUAAUGUUAAACAUGAUCAUAGUCUUGUUUAUAAAAUUCUUGAUGGAGAACGACCUGAAAUUACAGAAGACACACCGGAAUGUUAUGCUAAUUUAAUGAAAAGUUGUUGGGAUCAUGAUCCAAAAAAAAGACCUUCUAUAAAAGAUAUUCGUUUAACUUUUGGUAGUUGGGCUUUUAGAGGUAAAAAUAAGGCAGAAUUUGAUCAAGCUGAAUCAAAACGAAAGAAACUGAUAGAAUUAAAGAAGAUUGGACCUGAAUUUGCUGAAAAAUAUCACUCAGAAGCAAUUUAUACAAGUAGACUAUUAAGUGAUUUAAUUUCUAAAUGUUCAUCUACCAAUUCAUCCUCAACAAUUUCAUAUGACAAUAAACAAGGUAUUACUAAAAAUAAAGAUAAUUAUAAUUUAACCUCUUUUGAUUACAUCUCAACAGAAUUAGAGCUUGAUAUAGAUACUGAAAGGUUAUCGUCACAAAAUUUAAGUAUAAAAACUCAAAUUUCACCAACCACUUUAAAAAAGCGAAACAUUGAAGAAUUGAAUCCUGAAACUGAUGACGAUAAUGGUAAAUAUUUAUUUGGUUUUGAUGAUGUUUAUUUUCAUUUUUUUUGUUUAUGUUAAAAAAUAUUUAAAGUAGGAAAACGUAUUAAAA